ACCAAAAGAAAUUCAAUAAUAUAUCAAGGGAUAAUCAAUGGGUUCAGUAUGUACAUAAAAGCUAUCGAGUUUAUUGAAAUAUUAAAAAUAUAUUGCAAAUGGGCAUAUUCAUCGUUAUUACCGUUAGGAGUAUUGUCGCUGAGUAUUAAUCUUUAUCGCUUUUCUCAAUUAGUGACAUCCGAGGAACAUUACGAGAUGAUCAUUCGCUUCAUGUUUAUCGUUGCCCAUUUUGGGUACAUGUUUUUUUGCAACUAUGUAGGACAGGAACUAAUCGAUCACAGCAGCGAUAUUUUUUAUAAAACGUACAACCUGCGAUGGUACGUAAUUCCGUUGAAAGCACAGAAGUUAUUGUUACUUGUGAUGCAAAGAAGUAUGCGACAUUGCACGGUCGUCAUUGGUGGAUUGUUUAUUAUAUCAUUAGAGGGAUUUGCCACGGUUAAAAUAAAACUUAUAUUUUAG